AUGUGGAGCCGAUCACUGAAGAUUGGAUUUCAUGUUACUAAUGCAAAUUAUGGGCACAUGAGAAGUGCACGGGUGGAGGAAAUAAAAGAAGAUAGAAGUAGUAACACUGAAAGUUUAAGCUACCAUUGGAGCGAGGAGAUACAUACAUAUAUGGAGUAUGCAAUCCUACCUGAAAGGUAUAGGAGCAAACAGGUUUUGGAGCCGAUGAAGAGGAUUAGAAUGAUUCAGGAUGUGAAAGAGGAACUUAAAGACGCUUACAAAUCAUAUCCUUAUCUUACGGCGAAGGCGGUC